CCUUUUCCCUCUCGCACAGUCCUGGCUUGUCGACGUGGCGCUCUCCUCCGGCCUCCCAUGUGGCGUGACCUAAGAUUCUGAUCGCUGGAGACCCUCCGGCUCCCAGUAUCUGACGAGAUCUGCGCUAUCCUGAGGUCGAGGUGCUAUGACCUGCCGUGGAACACUGAAAUCAUGAUUGAUUUGCAGAUCCCACUCAUCUUUGGCGAGCGGUUCCUAUCCUACCUGCGCUUCCACACCGUCAGACUUCGGUCACCAUGAGUUUCCUGAAUUCAGUUCUCACAUCCAUCGGUACAGGGGAUGCAUCGAUCACCCCACCCCCAGCCCACAGAAAAACUUCAGCAGCCCCCAUACCUUCUAUCACCAACAAAACACCUUCCACCCAGAGUUAUAGCUCUGGACUCGGCCAGAAACGAAAAGCUGGGCAAGAUGUACCCCACCCUGCCAGCAAGGUCGCUAAGACUGCAAAGCCGGCGUCACAGCUGAGCCUGCAGAAUCGACCUUCUCCCCCUCGGCCGUCCACAAAGGUGUCCUUUACUCCAAAACCAACUACCUCCUCGACACCAAAGCCUGUGAACUCUGCGCCCACCAAGCCUCCACCAAAAGGCUCUUUUGCCGAUAUCAUGGCGCAAGCCAAGGCUCUUCAGCAGCAAAAGCCACUCAACGUUGGCAUGAUAAAACACCAGACGGUUACGAAGGAAAGAAUGAGUAAGGCGAAGCGGGAACGUUUGCUGAAAGAAGCAAAGCACCGGGAACUAGAGGUUGGCAGAGGCAAAAAGUCAAUCACGCCGGGCGCCUCGCCUAGUGUUCCUAACAGGAUGAAAUCCCUGUCUCGAAAAACAAGUGCUGAACCAGAAUACAAAGGGACUGCACGUCCAUCAAGUGCCACUAGCUAUGCCGGCACCGCAGGGCUUCCAUCGCGGCGUGGUGCCAGUGCGGGCGCGCAGAAAGGCAGCCAAGGAAAACAUGCUCGUCGCCGUGUAGUGGACGAGUACCUCGGGACAGAUGAAGAAGACGAAGGCGAUUACUAUGGUGCGGAUGACUACGACGAUUACUCGGAUGCUUCGUCCGACAUGGAGGCCGGAAUUAUGGAUAUGGAGGACGAAGAGCAAGAAGCCCUUCGCCAAGCCAAAGCCGAAGAUGAACGAGAGUUGAGAGCGGAAAUGGAGGCCAAGAAAGCCAAGUUGGAACGCAAGAAGAAGCUCGCUGCACUCUCCAAAUCGAAACGCUAAUCGAAUAUCGAAUUUUAUUUCUUUGAACAUGUUUUACCUACUUCAUCUUAUUGCCUUGCAUUCUUUUUAGCUUGGUUGGCGCUGUGGUUCCUUCGGCGAAACUGGGUAGAUUAUGUGCUCUCGCGACAGGGUGCAUGGCUGUGCUGCUUGGAUGUUCAAGACAUUGGAGCACAGCCGCAUCAGAUAGAUACAGUGGGCUGGUCUUUUGAUUCCCUUUGUUGAGCGGUCCGUUAAUUCUUAACUUUCUUGUGGAUAUAGCAUAGCGUGGGUAUUCCCUUGAUGUUUGUUCUAUUGUUGCAUAGCGAUAUGGAUUAAGACAGUUGAAUGGUUGUUUCACAACUACUUCACAGAUAUACUUUAAUUGUAUUUGAGCCCCGGUUCUUUGUCUCUGCGUCUCAGGAGUUGUGUCACUGUCGUGAUGGCGAAACACGCUGUUCAUCAUGGUUCGCGUCCUGCUGCAUUGGCUGUGACAUCAUCCAUGCCUCGGUCUUUUGGAACCUCCAUUCAGCUGCAGCAACAUCCAUCCUCCAAUCCAUCCACCCCCCCAACAGCUUGUA